UGCUAGGAGCGCGUCUGCACUGAUCGUAGCUCCCAGUCCUCGCUCCGUCGAGAGGAGCCGCCUGCAGGCCCUGGGGACUGGACUCUGUAGCCGACAGCAUCUUUUCAAAGAAGCUGAGCUCCACUCGAAAGGCAGACCUUAUAUAAUUUCUGGAGAUUAGAAGUUAUUUUUCACCAUUUCUCCUAGCUUGCUUCAAAAGUGACUUAAUGAGGAUUCUCUCCAAAUGAAGACUUCACAACCUCGUUCCCAACAUAGAAGUUAUUUACUUCAGACACCACUUCAGCAGCUGAAUAAGGAGGCUCAUUGCCUCAACAAGGGACUCACCCAGGAGAACAAGGUACACCUGAGUGACACGGCUUCAUCACCAGUUCAGGUGAACUCUGACGACGUCAGUGCAUCAGAUCCAGCAAUUUAACAGGCUAAAAAUGCCACUUUUUAACUGGAUCAAAUGGCCAAAGUAUGACACCUGCAAAUCCACACACUGCCCUAGCUCAGAUAUGGUGACGAGAACUCUGCUUCGGGAACUGAAGUGGCAUCUGAAGGAACGAGAGAGACUAAUACAAGAAAUCGAAAAUGAACAAAAAGUUAAAAAAACAGGUGUCGAUUACAACUGGCUGAGGAACUACCAGAAUCCACACACGACUAUUCCCGCUACUGAACAAAGACAACUCGAAGUUCUUUGCUCCCAAGUCCAACCUUGCCAAACAGGCACUAUUCUCAGCAGAUUUCGCGAAGUUCUGGCAGAAAAUGAUGUGCUACCCUGGGAGAUCGUCUACAUCUUCAAGCAAGUUCUGAAAGACUUCCUGAGCAGCACUGACAACGGCACUCAGCAAGGGGACCUAGGAGAGGCAAAGCUCAGAGGCCACCCCACUCUACAGGGCACUGGCCCUGGACAACACUCCACACGUUUGCGUCAAGAGGAAAUACCCACAAUUUCCAGUUAUGUGGACAAAAACAACAAGAACAGUUUCCCAACAUUCUCACAGAGAAUAUGGAACCUACCAUAUUAUUACCCUUCCAGUUAAGUUACUUAUAACCAAAUUUUUUAUGACCAUCAUAAUAUCAGAAUUAUUUAAGAAUAAGAAAAAGUAAUGAUUUCUCUCUGUUGCAAGGUUAGAGGUUUAAAUUCCUGUAGACUUAAAUUUCUAUUUAAGUGUUCCUUUUCAAGUCACUCUAAAGAUACGUUUUCAUUGAACUGUGUGCUUUUAAUUAAAUAUUUCCUAAAUAUUUUUUUUUGGGGGGAAGGGGAGAAAUGGAGUGUUUUCUAAUACCUCAACUACACCUCACAGGAACUAAGGCAUUUUACUUCGUAUGAAAUUUGACAAACCCUGUGUGAAACUUAAGACAUUAACUUUGACUCUGAAAGGAAGG